AUGCGUGAGCAAAUGGAAGAGCGUAAAUUCGUGCGAGCAAGAAACUAUAGAGCGAGAGGGCAAGCGAAUGAACAAGAGUGGUUAAAAAAGCGAGCACAAGAGAAAGCAAACAAGAUCGAGUUUGGACAAGCGAUAGCGAACGAAAAUAGAACCUGGCGAAAGUGA